UUUAUAAAGAGUGAAGACUGUGCUAGCUUUUCAUAGUUCGCUCUCGCGAUAACCUUUGUCGAACGUUUGAAAUUCUUAUAUCAACGGCAGUCAUGAAAUUUGGCGGAGUUCUUGUUCUCGUUUGUCUAACUAUUUUUGCAAAUGCAGGCAGAAAAUUUUGCAGGGAAGCAGAUCAGAAGCUAGAAGAUCUCGCCAACAAGAUUGAAGAGCUGGACUGUUCAGAUCUGGGUUCUACAGGUUGUGAGCCAGGACCAAAGUCGUGCAAAGAAAUCUACGACAAAGACAAGCCAAGCGAAAACAAGGCAUACAUGCUCCAAAUGGAUUCUGGAGAGCUGCCUGUUUACUGUAACAUGGAUGGCGUUGGUCUUGGUGAAUGUGGGAGUGGUGGAUGGACGCUGGUUAUGAAGAUUGACGGGACAAAGCGAACGUUCCAUUACGACUCACCUUUCUGGACCAACAAAAAGGAGUACGGCAUUCCAGAAGGAGAAACUGGCUUGGACGAUAACGAGUCCAAGCUACCCACCUACUGGAAUACACCCUUCACCAAGAUCUGUCUCAUAAUGAAAAUAAAGGGACAGCCCACGACCAGGUUCCUUGUUCUGAACGAGAAGGCGAGGUCGCUGUAUGCCCUCAUUGGGGAUGACAAGUACCGCAAAACCAAAGUGAGUCGUGGAGCGUGGAAGAAACUGAUUGGCCCUGAGGCUUCCCUACAGCUCUUCUGCUACAGAGAGGGAUUCAAUGUUGUUGGCGAUAACAAGAGUUUUUCGAAGGCAAGAAUUGGCUAUGUGGCCGAUCAAGAAAACGAUUGCCUUAGCUUCGAUUCCAGAAUUGGGUUCGGCACCGGGGGACACCAGGAUGAUUCCAACACAUGUGGCAAUGAGGCUACAAACUCUGCGGAUAACGGAGAUAAACACAUUAAGGCAAUGGGGUAUAUCUUGGUUCAGUGAAAAGAUCAUAGUCUCAACUGAACACAUUCCAAAUAAAAAAAUGGCUUAAGGGGAGGUAAACAUACCAAACUAAAAAGGUACAACGAACUUUGCAGGUCUACUGCAACGUUUCAAAUGUACGCAAACUUAAAUCAUGGAAAGUCU